GUUCUGCUUCUGAGUGAAGGAACUUUAAUUUCAGUGAGUUUCUGUUUCUCUCUCUCUCUCUCCUCCUAGCCAACCAAAUUUAAAACCUCCAUCAAAUGGUGUAUGUUUCAGAGUGAUAGCCCUCUGGAUUUUUCUCCGUCUCUGUGGUCAGUUUGCAGAUAUGUCUGGUGGUUCGUACUCACAGGAGGUCUCGCUUUUCUUCUAAGACCGCUCAGGCAACCAUGUUGCUAUUGCGAAGAUUAGAUUACCGUUAAGGCUGUAAACGAACCAAACUUCUCCCGAGGUAUUUGAUGCUCGGAUCGAUUAAGAAAUUGACAGAAUUUAUAUAAUUAUUAUAUAAUUUUAAAUAAAAUUAGAUAAUUUUGAUAAUACCAAACUAAAAAAACAUAUCUCAGAUUAAAUUCUAAUUUUAUUCCCAUCUCAUCUCAAACACACGUCAACCCUCCCAACUUAAGCCUCCACCAGUGCACCACCCUUACAAACCCUCAUUGCCGUCGCCGCCGCUGCCAUUGCCGUCGUAGCCCUAGCUGCAGUCGCCUCCACCCUUGCUGCCGUUGUUGUCGCUGCUCUCCUCUUCUCAGCCGCUGCUCCAGUCUUCACAGUCGUUGCUGCCGUCGCUGCUGCCCUCUUCUCAGCCGUCUGCUCCAGCCUUUGAAGUUUGUUUGAACAGGGGUUUGAAGUUGGAAUCUAAACUAGGGGAGAAAGUGAACCUUUUUGUUUAGCGGAAUGGCUUCAAAUGCUUCGGUGGGCCACACAUGCCCAUCUCCAAUGAAGCCUGCAUCAAAUGGUGUAUUUCAGGGUGAUAGUCCUCUAGAUUUUUCUCUCCCUCUGGUCAUUUUGCAGAUAUGUCUGGUGCUUGUACUCACACGGGCUCUUGCUUUUCCUCUAAGACGACUACUAAGGCAGCCACGUGUUAUCGCAGAGAUUAUUGGAGGAAUUUUACUAGGGCCAUCUGCUCUAGGUCGAAGUGAGAAAUAUUUGCACGCUGUGUUCCCACCCAAGAGCCUUCCAGUGUUAGAUACACUUGCAAACAUUGGCCUCCUUUACUUUUUGUUUCUUGUGGGGCUAGAGUUAGAUCUUAAAUCCCUUCGUAAAACUGGGAAGAAGGCCCUUGCAAUCGCUAUUGCAGGAAUUAGCCUACCUUUUGGUAUGGGGAUUGGCUCUUCAUUCAUUCUCCGAGCAACUAUUUCCAAAGGCGUAAAUAGUACCUCAUUUCUUCUAUUCAUGGGUGUAGCUUUGUCCAUAACUGCCUUCCCAGUCUUGGCUCGUAUUUUGGCCGAGCUGAAGCUUUUAACAACUGAUGUUGGUAGAAUGGCUAUGUCUGCUGCUGCAGUUAAUGAUGUGGCUGCGUGGAUUCUUCUUGCUCUUGCCAUUGCUCUCUCUGGGUCUAACCACUCUCCCAUUACUUCACUUUGGGUUUUGUUAUGUGGGUUUGUUUUUGUCAUUUGUUCAACUCUUGUUUUGCCUCCAAUAUUCAAAUUAAUAACCCGCCGAUGCCAUGAAGGUGAGCCAGUUGAAGAAACAUAUGUAUGUGCUACAUUAGCUGCUGUUCUGGUUGCUGGGUUUAUUACUGAUGCUAUUGGAAUUCAUGCCAUGUUUGGGGCUUUUGUAAUUGGAGUUCUUGUGCCAAAGGAAGGGCCAUUUGCACGUGCUCUUGUGGAGAAAAUUGAAGAUCUUGUAUCUGGUCUCUUUCUGCCAUUGUACUUUGUAUCAAGUGGAUUGAAGACAGAUAUAGCCACAAUUAGUGGGCUGCAAUCUUGGGGUUUGCUGGCGUUGGUUACUUUUACUGCCUGCUUUGGGAAGAUUGUUGGCACUUUUCUGGUCUCACUUGCUUGCAAAGUGCCUCUUCGCGAGGCUUUAGCAAUGGGGUUCCUGAUGAAUACUAAAGGUUUGGUGGAGCUCAUUGUACUCAACAUUGGUAAAGAUAAAAAGGUUUUGAAUGAUCAGACUUUUGCCAUCAUGGUUCUAAUGGCUCUCUUUACAACCUUCAUAACCACGCCUCUUGUUAUGGCUGUAUAUAAGCCAGCACGGAAAUCAAGGGUAGCUGAUUACAAGCAUAGAACUAUUGAAAGGAAAAAUUCAAGUAUGCAACUUCGGAUUUUGGCAUGUUUUCACAGUGCAAGAAAUAUUCCAUCAACCAUAAAUCUUCUCGAAGCCUCACGUGGGGUUCAGAAGGCUGAAGGACUUUGUGUAUAUGCAAUGCACCUCAUGGAACUGUCUGAGAGAUCAUCUGCCAUACUAAUGGUCCACAAGGCAAGAAAGAACGGGUUACCUACAUGGAACAAAGGCUCAAAACCAGAUUCUAAUAAUGUUAUUGUGGCAUUUGAGGCUUUUCGGCAACUGAGCCAGGUAAUGGUACGUUCAAUGACGGCAAUCUCUUCAAUGUCUGAUAUUCACGAGGACAUCUGCACCACUGCUGAGAGGAAGAGAGCUGCGAUCAUUAUUCUUCCAUUUCAUAAGCAUCAAAGGUUGGAUGGCUCAUUGGAGACUACUAGAAUUGACUUUCGCUGGGUCAAUCGGAGAGUUCUUGAGCAUGCCCCAUGCUCAGUAGGAAUUCUAGUUGAUCGCGGGCUUGGUGGAACCUCUCAUGUUCCUGCAAGUGAUGUCUCUUAUCUAAUUACAGUUCUUUUCUUUGGUGGCCGUGAUGACCGUGAAGCUCUUGCUUAUGGAGCUCGAAUGGCUGAACACCCUGGGAUCAGUUUAAAGGUUAUUCGUUUUUUAGUGGCACCAGACGCUCAGGGGGAAAUUACCCAAGUUAACAUGGAAAGCUCUAUAAACACCAAACUGGGAUCCUGGGAUGAACAGUUCCUUUUAGAAUUCAAGCAGAAAACAUGCAAGGACAGUUCUGUAAAAUACGAAGAGAAAGCCAUUAGAAAUACUGCAGGAGCUAUGGAUGUGAUCCAUGAAGUUAACCACUGUAAUCUUUUUCUUGUGGGCCGAAUGCCUGAAGGUGAAAUAGCUAUAGCUUUAAACAGAUGGAAUGAGUGUCCAGAAUUGGGACCUGUAGGCAGCUUACUGGCUACAUCUAACUUCUCAACUACAGCAUCCGUCUUGGUGAUCCAACAAUAUGAUAGUCAGGUAUCUUUGGAUUUGGCUUCACAUGCAGGUGAUGAUCAGGUGGGCAGAGACUCGGAAUCUUACUGAUUUUCUUUGUGUUCAAUCAAACUUAGAUCUGGGUAGGUACAAAACUUGAGUAGACGUUUUGUUUCUUUUUGGAUACGUUGAAAAUUUUCAAAAGGGAAAAAUGGUUCAAUCAUUCGAAAUCUUAUUGCUAUACGAGAACAGCAAGAUGGUGAAUAAAUGUGUUUGUUUACUCUAAUGAUAAAAUGUAGUCUUACUGCUUUUGUCCUAAGCUCUCUGAACCUGCCGUGAAAAGCCUAAACACAAAUGAAGCAACAAAAAGUGAAUGAGGAGAUUAAAUGCACAAACAAAGACACAAAGUAUGAAGGGAAUGGGCAAUCGAGAGAUUCUGCUAAAAUUAACAUCACCUGAUGUUGUGGAUGGAGAUGGAGGAGACGGUGCCACAAAGGAAGAGGUUAGUUGAGCGCUGAAGUAAGGAGGUUUUAUAAUUUUAUGUCAGAGUUCUUUAAAAUGUUAGGAGGUGGGAACAUUUAAUUUUCAUUACAGAACACACCAGUAGUAGACUACUCGGGCCCUGUCUACAUAAGCAGAAUCAAUUAGUGCUAUAAGCCUUCUUAAUAUUUCUUUUGCUGCUGUC